AUUCAGCACAAAAAUCACUAUUUAUCUAGAAAAAAAAUUGAAAAUGAAUAUGGUUGAGCGAAAUCGAAGCAUAUAGUCGGAGCAUGAAUUGGACACCGGCAUCACACGGCGGAAGACGAGAAUGUCUCCAAAGCUCCCUUCACAUCUCUUCCCGUGGCUCAUCCUACUAACAUUCGCAUCUUUCUAUUUCUUCUCUUCUUUCCUCUCUCUCAGCACAUUCUCUUCUUCAUCUUCAUCUUCAUCACCAACCUCACAAUCUCUCUCAAUCUCCAACACCUGUAACCUCUUCAGAGGCCACUGGGUCUCGGAUCCCAACCACACCCCUCUCUACGACCAAACUUGCCCCUUCCACCGAAACGCAUGGAACUGCCUCCGGAAUGAGCGGCAGAACAUGACCCUCAUCAACUCGUGGAGAUGGGUCCCACGGAACUGCCACUUGCCCCGGAUCGACCCGGUUCGGUUUCUGGGUAUGAUGAAGAAUACAAAUAUUGGGUUUGUUGGGGAUUCCCUCAACGAGAAUUUCUUGGCUUCUUUUCUCUGCAUUCUCAGUGUCGCUGAUAAGGGCGCCAAGAAGUGGAAGAAGAAGGGUGCUUGGAGGGGUGCCUAUUUUCCCAAAUUCAAUGUAACCGUCGCUUACCACCGUGCUGUUUUGCUCUCUAGAUACCAGUGGCAGCCAAAACAAUCUGAAGCUGGGGUGAAAGAUGGAUCAGAAGGCUUUUAUCGAGUUGAUGUUGAUGUUCCUGCAGAUGAUUGGGCUAAAAUUGCUGGUUUCUAUGAUGUUUUGGUGUUUAAUACAGGUCACUGGUGGAAUAGGGACAAAUUCCCGAAAGAGAAACCUCUUGUCUUUUAUAAAGCAGGACAACCAAUAGUUCCGCCACUUGGGAUGUUGGAUGGACUUAAAGUUGUUCUUACUAACAUGGUUGCAUACAUUCAAAAAGAAUUUCCUGGAAACACACUUAAAUUCUGGCGAUUACAAUCCCCAAGGCACUUUUAUGGUGGUGACUGGAAUCAAAAUGGGAGCUGCUUGUUCAACAAGCCCCUUGAGGAGGAUGAGCUUGACUUAUGGUUUGAACCCAGGAACAACGGAGUUAACAAGGAAGCGAGAGUGUUGAAUUUUGUGAUUGAAGAAGCAUUACAAGCUGCAAACAUUCAAUUGCUUGACUUGACUCAUUUAAGUGAGUUAAGAGCCGAUGCUCAUCCGGCAAUUUGGUUAGGAAGGAAGGAUGCAGUUGCAAUUUGGGGUCAGGAUUGCAUGCAUUGGUGUCUGCCUGGUGUUCCUGACACAUGGGUUGAUAUCUUGUCACAACUGAUCCAUGACGGCUUAGGAAGAACUGGUCGGCUGUAGAAACUGAAGAAGCUAUUUGAAUUCCAUCUUACAUACCAUAAACUGAAAAUUUCCAUCAAGAUGCUGGGGGGCAUGCUGCCAAGUUCUGGGACCAAGAAAUGAGAAUUUUGGGUUGUGCUUGAAAUGUUCAAGGCUGAUCUUGGUUGGAACUUGGAAGGAAAGCUUUGAUGAAGGAAGUAAGCGACUGAUUGGUCGAGCAUAAGCUAUACUGAAAGCAGCUCCGAUCUAAAUAUCAUUCAUCAUUGGGCCUUAACUUGUCAAAUACAUUUAAUCAUUUAAUCCUUUCAUUCAGAUUAUUAUUGUUGUUGUUAGUACGUAAUCUUCUAUUCAAAAUUUGAUAUUUAGCAAGUGCAGUACAUAUUUACGUCAGACUAACUAGCUUGUGAGGGAAAUUAUAAUAAGCAAUGACUCAAUGAGUGCAUUAUCCUUUUUUAUUUAAUUAACUGUAAGUUGUGUGACC